AAAGUCAGACGCUAGACACAAGUCUUUCCGUCAAUCUUUUUGUAAGUAAAUCAACAUCUUUGGCAAGGUACAAACAGCAGUUUGACGGCUGAAGAAUGGCGAGAAAACGAUUGUAAACACACUGACAUUAUGUACGCAACGAAAGGUCCCAGUUUGAGAAUUGGAGAAGACGACCUAAAGUGUAAAAAUGGUUGCGGAUUUUAUGGUACGCCAGAAUGGGGGGGUUAUUGUUCUCAGUGCAACAGAGAACAACGGAGGAAGACUGGCCACAGCAGUUUAUCUUCAGUUGAAAGAGGACACAGUACUGAAGGACAGUCAAGAACUUCUGUUGCUGGAUUUACAAAAUUUGAAGUUAAGAAGCGUCAGCAAGCUGAAAAAAGAACAAAGCUGCCAAAAUUUUUCAAGAAAACCAAAGAUGCUGGAAGAACUGAACUGCUCCAUGAAACGCAUGUCAGAACUCCAGAACUUGAAAAACUGCAGCAAGAGCAUCAAGCUUUGUUUGAGGCUGUUGGACAGAGGGCUGAUCAGGAUGUUCACAAAUAUGUGCAUUCAGUAAUAAAGGCGGUUUCUAAAAGUGCAGAACAAAUCACAGCUAGUGAUGCAGAUGUGUCAGAGGUUGUGCAGAACUUUUACCAGAAUUUUGCAAAACGUAUGGAUGCAAGUGCCAGUUACAUUGGUCUCACACAGGAGGACAAGGAAAUGCUUUUGGAUUAUUUUGAGAAAUAUCUUAUGGUUGCUGUGUAUAGACUACUGUUUUGUCCUCCUUGGACAACUGAUGAAGAAAAGGAUUUAGCAAUCCAAAACAGGAUACGGCAACUGAGUUGGGUUAGUGCUAAACAUUUGGACUGCAGAAUUGAUGAAACAAAUUUAGAAGUUCGUGAUCUUGUGUACACUGCUAUCACAGAUAUUUUGGGAAUGGAUUCAGCAAAGGCACCACAAGAUAAGUUGGGUUGUGUGGUACGCUGUUGCCGAAAUAUUUUUUCACUCCUGCAGCAGUCUGUAGGAGGUCCAGCAUCAGCAGAUGAUUUCCUCCCAGCAUUAAUAUUCAUUGUUUUAAAGGCAAAUCCAGCAAGGCUGAAGAGCAAUAUCAACUACAUUACUCGAUUCUGUAAUGCUAGCCGUCUUAUGUCUGGUGAAGGAGGCUAUUACUUUACUAAUUUGUGUGGUGCUUUGUUUUUUAUUGAAAAUUUAACAGCUGAAUCCCUUAACAUGCCUGUUGAAGAAUUUGAUCAAUAUAUGUCUGGAGAAUUAGCACCUCCAAGUACUUGGGAGUCAGCACUCCUGAUGUGUGAGGGAAUGCAUUUAAUGUAUGAGAACUUGGCAAUGUUGGAAGAUUUAAGAACAAGGCAUGAAAGUCUUAUGAAGGGAAUAGCAGAACUUAAAGAGAAAAUAUAUAAUUCUGAGAAUGAAGUGACUGUGAAAGUUGAAGCUGUUCUGGCACGCACGCCUCUCAAAAUUCGCCCAAGGAAGACUCCAACCAAUAUUGACUCGGAUGAUCCAACAUGCCAGGCCUUGCCCCCACCAAUUACUCCACAGGUUGUUGCUCUAAAAACUGAGCUUCCAAAGAAAACCGAUGAAACACAGUGUUUAACUGAUAAGAAAUUACCAAUUCAAGAAGCAGAGUUGUUUUUAACAGAUUCUAUUCCUGCUUCUACAUCUUAUGACUACCUUUCUUCACCUUCUCCAGGGUUUGGGUUUUCUGAUGACCUCAAUGGACUGGCAACACCAGAUGAGAUCUUUGCCGCCCAGGAGAGUUUGAGUUUUGUCCAAGGAUUAGCAUCAGUUAAUUAUGACAUUGAUAUUUCAGAUCUCAGUACAGAAAAUAGCUGUGCUGAUGAUCCUAUUUCACGCACUUCUCCUAAAGCUGAUGUGACUUUACCUAUUGAAACAAAACCUAUUGACGAAUCAGCUUCGUCACUCUUAGACAGCACUGAAUCUCCGACUGGGGGCCUUCUUCCUUCUCCGAUAAAACCGGUGUUAACAGCAGAGUAUCAUGGCUUAAAACCGGUGUUAACAGCAGAGUAUCAUGGCUUCUCCUCACAAGGACCACAAAUACCAAGCAUACCAUGUGAUACAGGAGAUACGAUGGUAGUACUUCCAGAACCACAGUCAUUAGCAGCCUCUAAUACUGCCAGAGAAGUAUUGAGUCCUGUGAGAAAUGACAGGUAUGGCUCACAUAAUUCAAGCCAGGUGACUUCUAGUAGCAGGCAGAAUUCUAGUCAAGUAGAAGAAACUUUAGUAAAGGCACUAAGUGAAGUAAUGAACACUUUUGAUAAACUCUUUUGAUAAGUUACAUGUGUUUGUGUAUAUUUUGCAUCACAAUUUCUUUCCUUAAAGUACAAAAUAUUCAGGAUAUGGUUCAGAAUUUACUUUUGAUUUUAUAAAUAAUGUACAUUUUAUAACUAGAAUCCACACAUUUGAAAGACUGCAGUUGUCAGUUGUGAACUGCUAUUUGAAAUUCGUUUUUAUUUAAAUAUGUGAUUUUUAUCAAGGUAAUUAGUAGUAUUUUGUUUGUAAAAUACAAACAUUAAUUGGUGUUCCACACAAAUUGUUCAUAACAUUACUAAAAUUAUCCUGACAUUAGUUGAAUUCUUGAUUAGCGGUUGGCAAGUCUUGAUAGAAGAACAGAAAGAAACACUCUUUUCACAUUGAAAAUGUAAAUGAAGUGUUUACUUUUGUUCUUGAAAUCAUAAUGGUUAAUGAUAUGUCACUCACUGCAUAAAAAAAAACUUCAGUUGUUGGGUCAGUGGAAAUCUAAGAAAAUAAACUCCACAUGUUAGACAGUUGUGAUAAGACUGAUUUGUAGUAUGCAACCAUUACUGAAGGAUGUGUUAGCAUUGUACAGAAAAUGAAUUACUUUACAGAACUCAUUGGUCUGCUUAGAUCAGUGAAAAAUAGUUUGAGUGUUCUUUAUCCACAUUGUAGUUAGACUCUUUAUUUGAAUUUUAUCCCAUUUACAGUAUUCGUUAUUGAUAGUAGACACUCUUCAUGACAGCAUCAACAUAUGAAAUAACUACACAAUUUUUAAUGAGGUUUCUGAUCAUUAUUAGAGACUGCACCAUAAGCAGGAUGAAUGUAUUGAGGAGUAUUUGGAGUUUGUUGUAACUGACAUCAAUAAUUUUUUUUUUCAUUUCCUUCCUUUCUUGUUUAAUUCCUUGUGUUUUACGAAUAUAUAUCUAACACCAGAUGUGAUACUUCUGUAUGCAGUUACACCAAUACCAGAGUUACUAUCUUUGCAUAUUAAUUCUGUUGUACAUUUCAGCUGUAUUCAUCAUUGCUCACUUACUUUAAUAUGUAUUGAUGUAGAGACAUCUACUGUAUAAAGACUUGUAACAAUGACAAUGUAAAAUGUUAUACGUUUAUUUCAAACUGUGAUCAUGUUAAAUAUAUUUAAGUAAAUGCCUGAAAAUCA